AUGCAAGAAGAGUCACUAUUGUGGGAUAGCUUAGUCUCCGGUAGAACUGUUACGGCUAGUGAGAACUGGGAGGCAUUGGUGGCAUUCUUUGGAGAGUUUCCGCAGUAUGUGAAAAAUGACUUCUACGUCACCGGAGAAUCCUAUGGAGGAAUCUAUGUGCCAACUUUGGUACAGACCAUUCUGGAUAGACAGACACAAUUCCACAUGAACAUCAAGGGAUUUGCAAUUGGUAACGGAUGUGUGUCGGACAAUGAUGGUACUGAUGCUCUGGUCAACUUUGAGUAUGCUCACGGAAUGAUCGAUGACAACAAGUGGCAGAAAAUCAAGUCGCAGUGCUGUAACAACGAUACCGAUGGCUGUCCAUUCCAUUCCUUUAAUGGGCUCGACUCAUGCUCGUUGUUUGUGCAGGUCACGACAUUGUCAGCUUGGGAGGGUGGAAUAAACCCAUACAACAUGUACGACAGUUGCAUCAACGUUCCUGGUGCCGAAGUCUCCAAACGAUUCCGACUGGAGUACAAACGACGAACCGGAAAAGAACUUGAUGUCUCGCAGCUAUCCUCUGUACCGUGCAUGAACGAGACCGCCGUGACGGUAUACCUCAAUCGCCCGGAUGUAAGGCGAGCGCUAGGGAUCCCCACCACCCUUGGACCGUGGUCGAUUUGCAGUGAUGAAAUCAGCAACACAUACAAACAGCAAUAUGGUGAAAUGGACACGCGAGUGAAGAACGCACUAGCACAGGGGCUCAAGGGAAUGAUCUACAGCGGCGACGUCGAUAUGGCCUGUAAUUUCCUUAUGGGACAGAGGUUUUCGCGCAAACUCGGUCUGCAGGAGAUUGCUGCGAAAAAACACUAUGUGGUCGAUGGUCAGAUAGGUGGUUUCUACACGCAUUACGACGGUCUUCAUUUCGUAACGGUUAGGCACCAGAUGACCAACCUUGUUCAGGGCGCCGGUCACAUGGUUCCUACUGAUAGGCCGUCGGUUGCAUAUCACAUCAUCAACUCGUUCCUCUUCAAUCAGCCGUUCUAA